UAACAACCCCGAUUCUCUCUCUCAGAAUCUCGCAGCUGAAAACCAACAAAACGGCGCCGUAACCUUUUAGGGUUUCAAAAUAACCGCCGUCUAUCUAUCUAUCUAUCUAUCUCUCUCUCCACGAUGAUUUUCUCCAGCGGCGGACGCCUCCUCUCUCGCUCGGCUGGUUCCGCAAUCCAAAAGAAUGUGAUUUCGGUUGGCUAUAACGGAAGAGCUGCGAUUCGGCACGAGCUGACGGCGCCGCUCGUCGGUAAUGCUGGCAUUUCCGGCGGGUUAGGGUUUUUCAGAGGUUUUUUAACUUAUAAUGGAGCUGGUGCUGUUAAGCAGCUCGUUUCGAAUACCUACUUGUCCAAUUUGAAAUCGGUUCUUGCAAACCCUAGCGUCCGCCGCCUCUUCUCAUCGGAAAGGCCGGGAAGGAAGAAUUACGAGAAUUAUUAUCCCAAAGAUAAUAAGAAAGUUCCGAAAGCGAGUGAACAGAAAUCAGGGUCGAAAGGAGGUGGUGGUGAACAGGGGAGUUCACAGGGAGAUUUUUCGAAGCAGAUUCAAGAUUUGACAGCUCCUUUAUUGUUCAUGGGAUUUAUUUUCAUGUCGUUGUUGCUUACUCCACAGAAGAACAAGCAGAUAAGUUUCCAAGAGUUUAAAAACAAGCUACUUGAACCUGGGUUGGUGGAUCACAUUGAAGUGGCAAAUAAAUCAGUUGCUAAAGUGUUUGUAAGGAGCUCCCCACACAUUAAAGAUGAAACUAGUGAUGUAUCUGUACAGGGACCUGCGAACAAUUCUCCUUCCGGAGAAAAUAAGAGCCAGUACAAGUUCUAUUUUAACAUCGGAAGUAUUGACUCCUUUGAGGAAAAAUUGGAGGAAGCCCAAGAAGCUAUAGGGGUUGACCGUCAUGAUUUUGUGCCUGUAAUUUAUGUCGCACAAGUCAAUUGGCUUGGAGAGGUGAUGAAGUAUGCUCCAACAGUGUUGCUUCUGGGAGCUCUUUGGUUCAUGGGGAAAAAUUUGCCUGGUAUUGGUGGCACAGGUGGAAAAGGUGGGAGAGGAAUAUUCAACAUAGGAAAAGCACAGAUCACAAAAGUGGAUAAGAAUGCCAAAAAUAAGGUUUUCUUUAAAGAUGUAGCUGGCUGUGAUGAGGCUAAGCAAGAAAUCAUGGAGUUUGUGCACUUUCUCAAGAACCCAAAGAAGUAUGAGGAAUUGGGAGCAAAAAUUCCAAAAGGCGCCCUUCUUGUUGGUCCUCCAGGGACUGGAAAAACUCUUAUUGCAAAGGCAACUGCAGGUGAAUCCGGGGUGCCAUUUCUAUCUAUGGCUGGUUCGGAUUUUAUGGAAAUGUUUGUUGGUGUCGGGCCAUCUAGGGUUCGGAGUUUAUUUCAAGAGGCUCUACAAUGUGCACCCAGUAUAAUAUUUAUUGAUGAGAUUGAUGCAAUUGGCCGGGCAAGAGGCCGUGGAGGCUUUUCAGGUGGCAAUGAUGAGCGAGAAAGUACUCUCAAUCAGUUGCUUGUUGAAAUGGAUGGAUUUGGAACAACUUCUGGAAUCGUUGUACUUGCUGGGACAAAUAGGCCUGAUAUUCUGGAUAAAGCACUCUUGAGGCCUGGUCGGUUUGACCGACAAAUUACCAUCGAUAAACCAGACAUUAAAGGUCGUAACCAGAUCUUUCAGAUAUAUCUGAAAAAGCUCAAACUGGAUCGUGAACCAUCCCAUUACUCAGAGAGACUUGCUGCUCUGACUCCUGGAUUUGCUGGAGCAGAUAUAGCAAAUGUCUGCAAUGAAGCUGCCUUAAUUGCUGCAAGGAAUGAGAGUGCAAAAAUCACAAUGCAACAUUUUGAGGCAGCUAUUGAUCGGGUAAUUGGCGGUCUUGAAAAGAAGAAUAAGGUAAUAAGCAAGCUGGAAAGACGGACUGUUGCUUACCAUGAAGCUGGCCAUGCUGUGGCUGGUUGGUUCUUGGAACAUGCGGAACCUUUGCUCAAAGUAACUAUUGUUCCACGUGGCACUGCUGCACUGGGGUUUGCUCAGUAUGUUCCAAAUGAAAAUCUGCUUAUGACCAAAGAACAGCUUUUUGAUAUGACAUGCAUGACCCUUGGUGGUCGAGCUUCUGAGCAGGUUAUGUUGGGGAAGAUAUCAACUGGAGCGCAGAAUGACUUGGAGAAAGUGACCAAAAUGACAUAUGCCCAAGUUGCAGUAUAUGGCUUCAGCGACAAAGUGGGGCUUCUUUCUUUUCCUCAAAAUAAUGAAUUUGAGAUGAUGAAGCCUUACAGUAACAAGACUGGUGCAAUCAUCGACAGUGAAGUUAGAGAAUGGGUAUCCAAAGCGUAUACCCGCACUGUUGAGCUGAUAGAGGAGCACAAGGAGCAUGUAGGACGGGUUGCAGAGCUGCUGCUGGAAAAAGAGGUCCUACACCAAGAAGACUUGAUUACAGUUUUGGGAGAGCGCCCAUGGAAAACGGAGGAGCCCACGAAUUAUGAUAGGUUUAAGCAAGGGUUCCAAGAAGAAGAGAAGGAGGCUAAAGAGACGAAGACUGAGGGUAAGAUUGUGAACAAUGAUGGUCCUUCACCACCUCUUCAACCAGAUACCGUGCCUGCUUAGUGAUUGAUUCCUUACGGAGUAUGGUUAUGUUCAUACGAAAAGAAGUUAUGUACCUUCAAAGGCUGCCUCUUUAUUCUAACCAGUUGUAGAAGUCUUGUAUAUAUGCAAAGGUGUCGUUUAUUUAUGGUUC